UCAGUUGCACCGUCCCACGCGCGGAGAGACCUUCCUCUUCCCUUUCCAUCGUUUUCGAUUUGAUAAUCUCUGCUUCGGUCGUGUUCUCAGUUUGGUCUCAAACCCAAACCCAACACUUCUUUUGUCCUAAACCCAACACAUCCCCCACGUAAUUUUCAUCGAACACCCAUCUCCCCCAAAACCCGCCACCGCUUUCUCCGCCCAGAUCCGACCAAAGCCUCAGUCUUUCUCGCAUAAAUAUGCUGUCUUGCUCCGCCUCUGUUCUGGGUUCGGAGCUCAAUCGUUGUUGAAUGUCGGGUUCGGAUUAGAAGAGCGUGGGAAUCAAAAUCAGAGAUGGCGGGUCAGGUUGUUAAGGUUAAGAGGGAGGCACUCGAGGCAUGCAUGACGUGUCCUCUUUGUCAUAAGCUUUUGAAAGAAGCCACAACCAUAUCUCUCUGCCUCCACACGUUCUGCAGGAAAUGUAUAUACGAGAAGCUGUCGGAUGAGGAGGGGGAUUGUUGCCCGGUUUGCGAAAUUGAUUUGGGCUGUCUACCGGUGGAAAAACUUAGGCCGGACCAUAAUCUGCAAGAUAUCAGGGCCAAGAUAUUUCCUCUUAAACGACGGAAAGUUAAUGCACCCGAAUCACCUUCAGUUUCAUCGCCAGUGAAAAGGAAGGAGAGGUCAUUAUCUUCAUUAGUAGUCAGCACCCCCAAAGUUUCAGUGCAGGCAGGUUUGACUGGAAAGAGAUCAAGAGCUUUGACAAGAAAGGCUGCUGCUUUACGUGGAUGCAGCUUUUCUGUUGAAGGAGCUUCAAAGAGAGAAGAAUCUUCAGAAGAUCAUCCAAGGAGCUCUAGCUCACCUGAUGCUCAAGAUAAGAUGCAGGAUUCUUCCAUGCCUGAGACUUCCUAUGAGCAGAAGCCUAAUAAAGAUAAUGUUGAAGUAAUAGAAGGCAAAGCUGAUCUGUGGACACCCUUAAACUGUCUUGUAGAGGCUGCUAACCGAACCAAGUCCUCUAAGUCAAAUUCACAAGGGCAGUUCCUUGCCAAAUCAGAGCCACUCAAUGCCCUUGAUAGUAUCUGUGAACUUUAUAUGCCUGAAAAUAACACGGACGCAGAAUCGCCGGAUCGUGUACAUAUGCCUAAGGCCAAAAUUAAGGAGCCCGAGAACAGUACAAGAGGGAAAAAGAACAAUAAUGCAGCAGCAGUUACAGGAACCAUGAAACGCAAGAGGUUGCAUGCAGGUAAUCGUAAUAGGGGAGCUCCGUCUGGGGAGUCAUGUGAUUCAGCUCAAGCUCAAGCUGUGCUUGAUGCACGUGGGGCUAAGCGUAGCAGAAGAAAUAGUCCUAUUUGGUUCUCCUUGGUUGCAGCUGAAAACUGGAAAGGAGAGGCCUCCUUGCCCCAGAUAUCAUCAUGUUACCUGAGAAUAAAGGAUGGUAAAAUGCCUGUUACAUUUAUUCAGAAGUACCUUGUGAAGAAACUUGAACUUACCAGUGAAGCUGAGGUGGAGAUAAUGUGCCGGGGUCAGCCUGUGCAUCCAACAUUGCAACUACAUAACCUAGUAGAUAUGUGGUUCCGAAAUGGAUCUACAACAAAAAAGUUACCAGCAACAGUCGGCUCCUCUGCUAAAGAUUUUGUGAUGGUCCUCUCAUACUGUCGACGUGUGCAAAAUCCAUGAAAUACCUAAUAUAAAAAUAAUUUCUUUAUUGCCUUCAUAGUUUAUAGCUUCAAUCUUUGUAGUACCUGUUUAUUGGAUUUACGGGUGUAUCAACUACGUUCAUCCAGUCUGAUACAGCAAUAAUGAGUUUGUUCUCCUCAAUGUGAUUAUAAAAGUAGUAUUGUUUUAUUAUAAAAA